GAAAAGUCAAAUUGUAAUCUUAAAUAAGACGAUAAUAGUUCGAACAUGGUAGCUGAGGAAAAUACGAUGCUUGCAAUUCUCAAACAAGCAAUUAUUCAAAUCAUCUCACCAACAAUUUGCAGAGAAAGAAAACUAAGAAGCUUUCAACCAUAAGCCACCGUCCCUGAUUACCCCUUAGAACAACUCAUCCAUGGCACCACAGUAAGGAAAAAGGAGAAUCGAAUUUUCUCUUUUUCUCUCUUUCCCUCACUCAACCACCAUAACAAAACUGUUGAACCAAAGUCCCGAAUAAACUCAUUUUCCAACUGAAAGAAUCUUUCUCUGAUAUACUAAACAUCAUUGUCUGGUUUGUUGAACCAAAAAAUAAGGUAAAGAAAAGAAAAGCUGUGAUGGGGAUUUGGGCUGAUUCAAAAGGGGGUGGUGGAAACGGAGGAAAGAAUCCAUGGAGUUUUGUAACCAGGAGGAAAAGGGUGGAUUCUGCAGUUGAGAGCAAUUCCCACGGUCAACUUGCCAAGGAGUUAACCGUGCCACAUCUCAUGGCAAUUGGUGUUGGUGCAACAAUUGGUGCUGGUGUUUAUGUGCUGGUUGGAACUGUGGCUCGAGAACACUCUGGACCUGCUUUGCCACUCUCUUUUCUGGUGGCUGGUUUUGCUGCUGCGCUUUCUGCUCUUUGCUAUGCAGAGUUGGCUAGCCGUUGUCCUUCUGCUGGAAGUGCAUAUCAUUACUCAUACAUAUGUGUUGGAGAAGGAGUUGCUUGGUUGAUGGUUGGGCCUUGAUAUUGGGAAUACACAAUUGGUGGAGCUGCAGGUCGUGGCAUAACGCCCAAUUUGGGUAUGGCGGCACUUAUUGGAGGAAUGGAAAAUUUGCCAAGCUUUCUGUCGUGGCAUAGCAUUCCUGGGACUAAUAUCGUUGGACCGUGUUCAGCAAUUGUAGUAUUCAUUGUAACUGGACUUCUUUGUGCUGGGAUCAGAGAGAGCACAGUGGUGCAAAGUGUAGUGACAACAGUGAACAUAUUUGCAUUGAUUUUUGUCAUAAUUGGUGGAGGUUACUUAGGGUUCAAAUCUGGAUGGGUUGGAUAUCAGCUUCCCACAGGGUACUUUCCCUUUGGGGUAGAUGGGAUGCUAGCUGGUUCUGCAACGGUGUUUUUCGCAUAUAUAGGUUUCGAUGCGGUUGCAAGCACAGCUGAAGAGGUGAAAAAUCCUCAAAGAGAUUUGCCACUUGGAAUUGGUGCUUCUUUGUUUCUAUGUUGUGGAUUGUACAUGUUGGUAUCCAUUGUUAUAGUGGGUUUAGUGCCUUAUUAUGCUAUCAAUGCUGACACCCCAAUAUCAUCAGCAUUUGCAGACAAUGGAAUGCAAUGGGCAGCGUAUGUUAUAAACGCUGGGGCUUUCACAGCUUUAUGUGCAUCUUUAUUGGGAGCAAUAUUACCUCAGCCAAGAAUAUUGAUGGCUAUGGCCAGGGAUGGGUUGCUGCCUCCUUUUUUUUCUGACAUAAACAGCCAUAGCCAGGUUCCUGUCAAGAGCACAAUAGUUACUGGCCUUGUUGCUGCACUCUUGGCUUUUUUAAUGGAAGUUUCUGAAUUGGCUGGAAUGGUGAGUGUUGGUACACUUCUUGCAUUCACAGUGGUGGCAAUAUCAGUGUUAAUACUGAGAUAUAUCCCACCAAAUGAAAUUCCAUUGGCUCCUUCUGUCAUGGAACCCUUUGUUUCAGCAUCAACAGGGUAUACUUGGAGCAGGUUGGAAGCAAAUGAAGAUACAAAGGCUCAUGCUGGUACUUCUCACACCACAAUACCUCCAACUGUUAAAGAGGAUGUACCAAAUGAUCCUCUUAUUGCUAAAGAUACUAUCAUAGCCAAAUAUGUACAUGAAGGUAAUAGGAGAAAACUUAUUGGAUGGGCAAUAGCAGUCACAUGCUUGGGGGUGUUUAUCCUCACAUUUGCAGCUUCAAAUAACACUAUAAUCAGUUCUAUUCGUUUUGCACUAUGUGGAGUUGGUGGCACUCUUCUUCUGUCUGGUUUUGUCUUCCUAAACUUCAUGGAUCAAGAUGAUGCAAGGCACAACUUUGGCCAUUCUGGAGGUUUCAUUUGCCCAUUUGUGCCUUUGUUGCCGAUAGCUUGCAUUCUUAUCAACUCCUAUUUACUAAUUAAUCUUGGGGCUGCUACUUGGGCACGUGUUUCUAUAUGGCUGGCAAUAGGAAUUGUUGUUUAUGUAUUUUAUGGCCGAAGCCAUAGCACUCUGAAAGAAGCAGUUUAUGUGCCAGCAACUCAAGUGGCUGAUACUUAGUCUCCAGCAGCUUCAAAUGGACCUUGCCUGCAACUAUAACACUGCUCAUUUACUAGGUGAUUCAGUCACUAGGUAUUUGUUACCACAGGCAUGUACAUAUUGUA